GGCGCGGGGUGUUGAAUGUGUUUCUGUGCGCAGGCUAUCAGAUCGUCUCGUUGGCCUGGUACAUUGAAACUGUCUUUGCACAGGUUAUUAGGUCGCCUUCCAGUAAAUUUACCAUCAGAACACUUCCGGGGGUUGCACUCUUCACUUCUGUCCACUCACUACAGACAAAAAUGUCUUUCAGACACAGAUCCAGACAUUACGAUGACCGGAGGACAGAUGAUAGCAGGAGUAAUCGGGGUGCGUCACGUUGGUCCCAUUGCCGAAAGCGAGGAGCAGACGGUAACUUGAGGCCGCAGGAUGACCCAAACUUCACGGUGUUUGAUGAUGCAGAAAAAGGGGUCAAAAGCCUUAGACAUCCCGACAGCAGGCCAGCAAGUUUUACUACUCCUGAAAGUGCCGGACCAGUGUCCCGAUGCGCCGACUGGGGCAGCGAAGUGGAACAGGAGGAGAUCCGUUCAGGCGUCCGUCGCGACAUGCAACGGUACAGGAGGAGAAUCCUUGCAGGUGACUUCAAUGAACGGGAAAGGAAGACCUCGUCAGGAAGCUCGGACUCCAGAGAUUCCCCCAUCCCUGCUGAAAUGGAGACAGAUGAGGUGGUGCUGAUGAGGAGACAGAAGCAAAUCAACUACGGGAAGAACACCCUGGCCUAUGACCGCUACAUCCAGGAAGUGCCGAAGCACCUGCGCCAGCCGGGGAUUCAUCCCAGGACACCCAACAAGUUUAAGAAGUACAGCCGACGGUCCUGGGACCAGCAGAUCAAACUGUGGAGGGUGAAGCUCCAUGCCUGGGACCCUCCAGUCCAGGAGGGCAGUGACCUGCAGGCUAUAGAGGAGAUAGACCUUGAUGAAAUUAUGGAGAUUGAGUCUGGGACAGGCAACUCUGUGGAGUCUGGAGCAACUGUCCAGUGCCCCAAAGCCAGCAAAGGUUCUAUGACUAUUCCAGAGGACUCCUGCUCAGGGACCCCAAGCAAAGUCAUGAAGACUGAGGCAGCCUUCGAUUUGGAGAUGUGUCUGAAUGAGGUGGAGGACAGCAGCAAGUCGCUCGGUUUGUGACACUGGUAUGCCCACGUGUGCGUGCAGAGCUCUCACCUGCCAUGACUUCGUAAUUUGCGGUGGGAGGGAAGAAGUGCGGCCCGCAGAUGACGACGUGAGCCGAUCAUCCAAAAGGACUGCGUCACCUCAGACUCCAGGAGAGGCUGGUGCAUACCAUUUCCCACCACUUGCCUCUCAUUCCACAGGGAUCCUUCCAGCAGGGUGAUCGCUUUACUGUCUUUGAUCUAAAGUGUUUUCCUUUCAUGCUCUUAAGUUUGGUGCAUAUUUCACAAGUUCAUUGUUCGCUGGGUUUGUGUGUACAUUUUAUGUAAGUUUUUUUAAGAUUGUAACUUUUUACUUUGAUAUGAUACAAAAUGUUCUGUGUGAGUGUUCAUUGGGGCAUUUUAUCUUACCU